GUAGGCUCCAACCCUUCUGUCCGAGCGAGACCAGCGGGUAGGGUUACUGCUCGGUCGCCGCCGCCGCCGCCCUCCUUCCGGGACCCCGCCGUCGGUCGCCGACCUUGCCGCGUGGGUUACCUCUGUACCCGAAUCGGCUCGCCGCCUCCCUCUUCUCCAGUAGCCGCCCGACCAAGCCUCCCGGUCGACGCCGCCUUCGGUCCUCCCGCCCCAUCCCCGCCGCCUGGAUCCACUCCUCCAGGGCCGGCACAAGUCGAGCUGCUCAGGCCCUCGUGCACCUGCUGCCCCGCCACCCCAAUCCCCUCCCCUCCAGCCUCUGCAGCAAGCAAGAUGGCAGGCUGACACGUGUGGCAGGGGCUGGCUGGUUGGUGAUCACUUUGAGCUGCGUGCACCUGGGCUGUAGGAUUUCGCCGUGGACUGCUUGCAGAUCCUGGAGGCAGCGUCUCAGGUCUUCCAUUAGUCAGCUAAUCCGUCUCGGUGAACCAACUUCUGCAAAUGCUUCAAGGCAACAGCAUUUCCAACCUGAACACCUUAUAUGAAGUUCUAUCUGUGAGUGAAGAUGCUACAUAUGACGAAAUCCGUGCGGCAUACAAGUCUGCUGCUUUAAGUACACAUCCUGACAAAGCACAGACAACUCUCGAACCAUUUGUGUCUUCCAGUGAGCAGCAUGGGUUUUUUGGUGUACAGGAAGCAUGGGAAAUCCUACGGCAUCCUAAAUCUCGAGCAGAGUACGAUAAACAGCUGCGGUCAUCCAGACAGAGUAUUGAAAUUAUUGCGUCCGAAAUUGAGAUUGAUGAUAUGACUGUUGAAAGUUCCACCGAUGGUGUUGAGCUGUUGUACGAUUGUAGGUGUGGUGAUUAUUUUUCUAUCACUUCUUGUGAACUUGGUGAGAUGGGAAUUUUGGUGGGUGAAGAUGGGGAGAUAGAACUGCAGGCACCUGAUUCUGCGUCGAUCUCUGUUGUUCUGGGCUGUGGCUCAUGUUCUCUUAAAGCACGAUUGGUUAUAAACAAAACUUGAAUACUUGUAUUUACCUCUGGCUGUGUGUUGGUUAGCAAAUAUUAAUUUAAACAAGUUACAUCCCUUUGUUUUUC